UGAGCAUUGUAAACCUAAUCCCUCAGUCAGCAGCUCUUCCCUCUUAUAUCACCGAGUCGUUGUCUCUGCAUUGCACAGAAUCCCUCAUCUUUUAUUCCUCUGUCUUUCUUUUGGUCUCGCCCAUCAUUGUAGCUGCAGCACAGGAAACGGUCGCCUGGAGGUUCUCGCCUGCAACUCCUUUGCCGCUGCUCAUCCUACGCUGCAAAGAAGAAAUCCCCUCCCAGCGAAAAAAUGACUCUAUCGGAGGAUGAAAUUAAGAGGCUUUUCAGAAUUCGAAAGACAGUAAUGCAAAUGCUCAAGGAUAGGGGUUAUUUUGUUGGAGACUUUGAGAUCAACAUGACAAGGGAGCAGUUCAUUUCGAAAUUUGGUGAGAACAUGAAAAGGGAAGAUCUUGUUAUCAACAAAUCAAAGCGCACUGAUGCCUCUGAUCAGAUUUAUGUUUUCUUUCCUGAGGAACAGAAGGUUGGAGUCAAGACAAUGAAGACUUAUACCAACCGCAUGAAGUCUGAGAAUGUUUUUAGAGCAAUAUUGGUUGUUCAACAGAAUUUGACUCCUUUUGCUCGAACGUGUAUAUCUGAGAUAGCUGCUAAAUUCCAAUUGGAGGUCUUCCAGGAGGCUGAACUGUUGGUCAACAUUAAAGAACAUGUUCUUGUACCUGAGCAUCAGGUGCUUACAAGUGAAGAGAAGAAGACAUUGUUGGAGAGAUACACUGUGAAAGAAACACAGUUGCCUCGCAUUCAGGUAUCUGACCCAAUUGCUAGAUAUUUUGGGCUGAAGCGGGGGCAAGUCGUGAAGAUCAUCAGGCCAAGUGAAACUGCAGGACGAUAUAUAACCUAUCGAUUUGUUGUAUAAAUGCUUUGAUGUGUAGGACUUCCGUUUGAAUUUGGAACCUGUGCUCUAUUUGUGGUUCUGUCAAAAUUACAUAGGCAAAAGCCCAAAAGACUUGGCAUAUGGAUAUAUCUCAGUGAUAUUUGAUAUUUUUACUUGA